UUCUUUAACUGCUGAACUGUUGGGGGGGUUUGCUUCAGGAGUUUUCAUUAAAGAUAAAUCACAGUGUGGAGACUUUUUCCUGAAGUUUUGUCUCCGAGGUGACACGGAAGUGGCCGCAGUGUCCUCUGCGCCGCAGAGCUGCGCAGUAGCGGGCUGGGUGUAGUCUGGAGUCUCGUCUUUUCCUGCUGGAGUUUGCGCAUGGCGGCGGACACAAAGAGCUGAGGCCCGAGCUCCGACCCACACGCAGCAGGACAGCCGGGACACGAAGCUCUGGACGCGGCCUGGAGCGAAGACAAUCUGCCGCUGCUGAUUCCUCGGAGGGGGGUCUGUCAGUAACCGGAGAGUUACCGCAAACUUUUGGGACGAGUUCAGGGAGAGUUUGAGUCGGAGUUCGCGCAGAGUCUUUCUGGUCGAGAGGGAGGACUGAAAAAAAUGCGAAGUUUAAUCCGGGCUCUGGUCGCUUGGAGCUGGGUGGCGGUGUGCGUCCGCGCUGCCAUGGAUGAGUGCGCGGACGACCAGGACACGCCGCAGCGCUGCAUGCCCGAGUUCGUUAACGCCGCUUUUAACGUUACCGUGGUGGCGACCAACACCUGCGGCUCUCCGCCAGAGGAGUACUGCGUGCAGACCGGCGCCACCGGGGUCACCAAGUCCUGCCACAUCUGCGACGCCCGGGACCCCCGGAACCACCACAGCGCCGUGUACCUGACCGACUACAACAACCAGCAGGACACCACCUGGUGGCAGAGCCAGACCAUGCUGGCGGGCAUCCAGUACCCGAACUCCAUCAACCUCACCCUGCACCUCGGUAAGGCCUUCGACAUCACCUACGUGCGGCUCAAGUUCCACACCAGCCGUCCUGAGAGCUUCGCCAUCUACAAGCGGACCAGCGAGGGGGGCCGCUGGGUGCCGUACCAGUACUACAGCGGCUCCUGCGAGAAGACCUACCAGAAGGCGAGCCGUGGCUUCAUCCGCACCGGAGAGGACGAGCAGCAGGCGCUCUGCACCGACGACUUCAGCGACAUCUCGCCGCUCACCGGGGGAAACGUGGCCUUCUCCACGCUGGAGGGGCGGCCCAGCGCCUACAACUUCGACAACAGCCCCGUCCUCCAGGACUGGGUGACGGCCACCGACAUCAGAGUGACCCUGAACAGGCUCAACACGUUCGGAGACGAGGUUUUCAACGACCCCAAGGUCCUCAAGUCCUACUACUACGCCAUCUCUGACUUCGCUGUGGGAGGAAGGUGUAAGUGUAACGGCCAUGCCAGUGAGUGUGUGAAGAACAGCAGAGGACGGCUGGUGUGUAACUGCAAACACAACACGGACGGCGACGACUGUAACGUCUGCAAACCGUUCUACAACGACCGGCCGUGGAGGAGAGCGACCGCCGACAACUCCAACGAGUGUCUGCCCUGCGACUGUAACGGGAAGAGCUCCCAGUGUUACUUCGACGCAGAGCUGUACCGGGCCACAGGUCACGGGGGUCACUGCAGAAACUGUGCCGACAGCACCGACGGGCCCAACUGCGAGCGCUGCCUCGACAACUACCACAGAGACCAGAGCGGCAGCCGCUGCCUGCCCUGCGGCUGCAACACCGUCGGCUCGGAGUCUCCUCAGUGUGACAACAGAGGAGUGUGUGCGUGCAAACCAGGAGUGAGCGGAGAGAAGUGUGACCGCUGCCAGCCGGGAUACCACAGCCUGACGGAGGCCGGCUGCAGGCCUUGUUCUUGCUCGCCCUCUGGCAGUACUCAGGAGUGUGACGUCAACACAGGACAGUGUCGCUGUAAAGACAACGUGGAGGGCUUCAGCUGCGACAGGUGUAAACUGGGCUACUUCAACUUGGACCCCAACAACCCUCAGGGCUGCACCCCCUGCUUCUGCUUCCAGCACUCGUCAGUGUGCAACAGCGCCGAAGGCUUCAGCGUCCACACCGUCAGCUCGCCCUUCCACAGAGAUGACGAGCAGUGGACCGGUCAGCAGCGUGACGGCUCCAGUGUCUCCGUCCAGUGGUCUCCCAGCGGACAGGAGAUCUCCCUCAUCUCAGACGACUACUUCCCCAUGUACUUCGUAGCCCCAGAGAAGUUUUUGGGGAACCAGAUGCUGAGUUACGGACAGAACCUGAGCCUGAGUUUCCGGGUCGACCGGCGGGACACUCGGCUGUCGGCGGAGGAUCUGGUCCUGGAGGGAGCUAACCUGAGGGUGGCCGUCCCCCUCAUCGCCCAGGGCAACGCCUACCCCAACGAGAACAUGCAGACAUACGUGUUCAGGCUCCAUGACAGCACUGACUACCCCUGGAGGCCGACCAUCAGCCACUCCGACUUCCAGAAACUUCUCCACAACCUGACCGCCAUCAAGAUCCAUGGCACCUACAGCGAGCGCAGUGCCGGUUCCCUUGACGACGUCUCCUUGGUAACGGCGAGGCGGGGUCCAGGUGUUCCGGCCCGCUGGGUGGAGCAGUGCACCUGUCCUCAGGGUUACCGGGGUCAACACUGCGAGCAGUGCACUCUGGGAUAUCGACGCGCCAGUCCGGAGCUCGGAGCCUUCAGCCCCUGCGAGUCCUGCAACUGUAACGGACACAGCGAGGCCUGCAACCCCGAGACAGGAGCGUGUGACUGUCGGGACAACACAGCCGGUUUGAGCUGUGAGCGCUGUAAAGACGGUUUCUAUGGCGACGCCACCCGGGGGACGUCAGGUGACUGUCAGCCCUGUCCCUGUCCGGCCGGCGCCACCUGCGCCGUCGUCCACAAGACCAGAGAGGUGGUCUGCACCAACUGUCCCGCAGGAACAACAGGUAAGCGCUGCGAGCUCUGUGACGACGGCUUCUUCGGCGACCCUCUGGGUCAGAGCGGGCCGGCCCGAGCCUGCCGCGCCUGCAAGUGCAGCGACAACAUCGACCCCAACGCCGUCGGCAACUGCAACCGUGAGACCGGAGAGUGCCUCAAGUGCAUCUACAACACCAACGGCUUCUUCUGCGACCGCUGCAAGGAGGGUUUCUACGGCAACGCCCUGGCCAGCAACCCGGCCGACAAGUGCAAACCUUGCUCCUGCUCUCCGUUCGGUACCGUUGGUCGACAGACCAGCUGUUCUCAGGUCACCGGUCAGUGUCCGUGUCUCCCCAACGUCGCCGAGCGCGACUGCAGCGCCUGUCAGCCCGGCUUCUUCAACCUGCAGAGCGGCGGCGGCUGCGAACGGUGCAACUGCAAUGCGAUUGGCUCUACCAACGGUCAGUGUGACAUCGCUUCGGGGCAGUGCGAGUGUCAGCCCGGCGUCACCGGCCGGCACUGCGAACGCUGCGAGGUCAACUUCUUCGGCUUCAGCUCGUCCGGAUGCAAACCCUGUGACUGCGACCCAGAGGGCUCUCAGUCGGGUCAGUGUAAGGAGGACGGUCGCUGCGAGUGUCGGCCCGGCUUCGUCGGAGCUCGAUGUGACAUGUGCGAGGAGAAUUACUUCUACAACCGCUCGGCGCCGGGCUGCCAGCAGUGUCCUUCCUGCUACAGUCUGGUCAGAGACAAGGUGAACCAGCAGAGGCAGAAGCUUCACGACCUGCAGACUCUGAUCGAUAACCUCGGCUCGGGUCAGGACACCGUCAGCGACAAGGCCUUCGAGGAUCGGCUGAAGGAGGCGGAGAGAGCCAUCAUGGAGCUGCUGGAGGAGGCUCAGAGCAGCAAAGAUGUAGACCGAGGUCUGCUGGAUCGUCUGAACACCAUCAACAACACUCUGACCACCCAGUGGAACCGACUGCAGAACAUCCGCAACACGGUGGACGACACCGGCACUCAGGCCGACCGCGCCCGCAACCGAGUCCGAGACGCCGAGAACCUGAUCGACCGAGCCCGACAGGAGCUGGACAAGGCCAAGGACGCCAUCGGCAAAGUGGACAUCAAACCCCCCAGCGGCACCGGAGAUCCGAACAACAUGACGCUGCUGGCUGAGGAGGCUCGCACGCUGGCUGAUAAGCACAAGAUGGACGCCGAUCAGAUCGAGAAGAUUGCCAAAGAUGCCAACGACACGUCGACCAAAGCGUACAACCUGCUGCUGAAGACUCUGGAGGGAGAGGGCAAGACGAGUCAGGAGAUCGACGAGCUCAACAAGAAGUACAACGAGGCGAAGGAGCUGGCGAAGAAUCUGGAGAAACAGGCCAACAAGGUUCAGGCCGAGGCUGAAGACGCCGGAGACAAAGCUCUGAAGAUCUUCGCCAACCUGACCAGCCUCCCGCCGUUCGACACCAAGGCUCUGGAGGAUGAAGCCAGUAAGAUCAAGAAGGAGGCGUCGGACCUCGACAAGCUGAUCGAUAAGACGGAGAAGGAGUACAACGACCUGAGAGACGACCUGAAGGGCAAAGAGCAGGAAGUCCGCAAACUGCUGGAGAAAGGCAAAAGUGAGCAGCAGACUGCAGAUCAGCUGUUGGCUCGAGCCGACGCCGCCAAAGCUCUGGCCGAGGAGGCGGCAAAGAAGGGCCGGUCCACCUUCAGGGAGGCCGAGAGCAUCCUGAACGACCUCAGAGACUUCGACAAGAGGGUCAACGACAACAAGACCGCCGCUGAGGACGCCUUGAAGAAGAUUCCCGCCAUCAACGCCACCAUCAUGGCCGCCAACGAGAAGACCAGGCAGGCGGAGGCGGCGCUCGGCAACGCGGCUGCCGACGCCCGAGAGGCCAAGAACAAGGCGGAGGAGGCCGAGAAAAUCGCCGGCAAAGUGCAGAAGGGCUCGGCCAAGACCAAGGAGGACGCAGAGAAGGCCUUCCAGGACACCACCAAGCUGGACAACGAGGUCGACGACAUGAUGGACCAGCUGAGCGCUGCCGAGCAGGAGCUGGCCAGGAAGAAGGCCGAGGCCGACCAGGACAUGAUGUUGGCGGGAAUGGCGUCGGACAACGCUAAGGAGGCGGAGGACAACGCCCGCAAGGCCAAGAGCGCCGUAAAGACGGUUCUGAGCACCAUCACCGCCCUGCUGGAUCAGCUGGGAAACAUCGACAAGGUGGACCUGAGCAAACUGAACCUGAUCGACGAGUCCUUGAAGAGCGCCAGGGGCAAGAUGGCCAACAGCGAGCUGGACAGGAAGCUGGCGGAGCUGAGCGACGUGGCGCGGACCCAGGAGGACAUGAUCAACGACUACGACCGGCAGAUCCGCGAGAUCCGCGCCGACAUCGCCAACCUCAACGACAUCAAGAACACGUUACCCGACGGCUGCUUCAACACGCCGUCUCUGGAGAAGCCUUAACCCCGCCCUCCUCCUCCUCCUCCACCCGCCCUUCACAUCUAACACUCUGGCAAACACGCCAACUUUUACCAAAACAGUUUUUAAAAACGUUUUGUUUUCAGAUUCUUUGUUUUUCUUUUACAAGAGAGAAGCCAAUUUUUCAAACCACGUUCACGAUUUUUAACAAAGAGAAGCAGCUUUUUGUUUGUUUGUUUGUUUGUUUGUUUUUGUUUUGUCUUUAGGUGUUUUUUCUCCCCCGAGACGCAGUAACGUGGUUACGGUAGAAUGAACUAAAGCGGCGUAGAGAAGCCGUGCAGAGAGUUGGAAGAACCUCAGAGGAAAAACCAGAACCACAAACCCGACGUGACUGCACCCGCCUGCUCCAGUAGAGGAAGUUUCACCGACGCAGAAACCACACAGGAAGUUCCUCGCACUUCGAGGAAUGGACUUUUACUUUCUGUGUCUAACCAGCCAUUACCCAUGAUGCCUGGAGACACGCCAGCUACUUCACAGUUUUACGGCUGCACGCUGUUAGACCGCCGCCAUCCUCGGCGGGUUUUUUAUUUUUAUUUUUUAAACCAUGUUUUCAGAAACCACACAGUGAAGGAAUCCUCUCUUAUUUUUCGGUGCCUGACACAAACAGCAGAGGAGAAGUUUUUCACUUCUCUUUUCUUCAACAGUAUUUUCACCUCCACUGGGUCGUCGUGUUGUUGUUGUUGUUGUUGUUGUUGUUGUUGUUGUUGCGUAAAGCCACGCCCGCUCUGCUGGUGCACACGAAGCCUCUGAAGUCCGGAAAAAACAUACGUGUUCGCAUCGAAGGUAUCGAUCUUGAGUCCGGGCUAGAUGAUAUUAUCUUGUGGGAACAAGAUCGUAAGAUGUUAUCCAGCGCGACGAGUUUGAUCUUGUUCCCACAACGCGGAUCAGAGUCAGAAGUUUUUAUCUUGAAUGCGCCCGAUACGCGGAUUCUUGCGGGAACGAGAUGUCGUGUUCCCACGAGAAUCCGCGUCACGUGCACGCAAGACGAAAACGACGUCUCUGAGGGCUUCAGGCGCAGGGUGCGCCUUUAAAUCAGCUGACAUUUCUCGCCGCGGUCGAACACCGUUUCACGUACUGACGUUAUAACGAGUGUUUCGCUGUCCGUCGUUCUCCCGCACGCUGCUGCUCAUCACUGGUCACACAUUAACACUUUCUUCCAGGCUAAAUCCAACACUAUGCAACUUUGUACAUUUUGCGUAGCGAGAAUUUUUAUCUGAUACACUGGUGCUAAUAAUUAUUUCAAAUGUUAUAUUUUUGUGUGAAUGUUUUUUAUUAUUAUGACGAUAUAGAGUGAGGAAUUUGUUAUUUGUGUAAAUAUAUGCUUAAAUGAUUCAGGACUGGCUGAUUUUUUUAAGACGUAAAGCUCCAACAUGCAAACAGCCACAUCGAGUUCUAUCACAAUCAAUCAACUGAAACCUCCAGGUUAAAUAUAUAUAAAUAUCUAUGAUAACGUCUGUGGUAUGUUAUUAUUAUAAUAUGCUUGCUUGUAUACAAGGCUCAGUGUUGCUGCCUCAUAGCGAUGCCAAUAUUUCAUUAUGUGUUUUAUUGAUUCUCUGUGGGUUUUCACAAGUUAAUUCAACCUAACUGAAUAUUUUUGUUUUAGUUUUUUUUUUUUUUGAGCUUUGACCCUUUUUACCAAUCAGGACGUUUUUAAAGAUGGCGUCUCCUGCCUGCCUCUCGAGUCAUUUUACUGACUUUUACUCGCUCGGCUCCAUGGAGGUAACGAGCUCGGUCACGCGUUGCUACGGUAGUUUAAUUUUAUUAGCGUUUUGUGCCUUUUUUUAAUAUAAAGUUCGUUUGUAAUCACGGUCCCAACGAGGGCUUCCACGUUUUAUUUCACAAAAAAUGUCCACGCCGUCUCGUCAUGUCGGUACUAAAGCAGGGUUCGUUUUUUAAAAAUCAGGUCCUUAACAGAGAAAACUCCAAAAAAACUGAUCCUAAUCCAGCAGGUAACAGCCAAACGCUACCAGAAAUAUCCAGCGGGCGAUCGUCCGUCUGACCAGCGAAAGAGAAUUCGAAUGUUCUCCUAGCGUCUCCAGGCAAACUGGACUCUUACCGGCUUGUUUUUUGUCAUCCGUUGUUUUACUUUUGCCGUUAUUUUUCUCCCUCCAUCCAGACGGCCGCUCUGCAGGACGCGCUGCACACGCAGACACGAUGUGUAAACAGUAUUUUAAGUUAUAAUGUACCAGUUAUUUGUCUCGUAACCCUGUUGUCUUAGACGGUGAUGUUUGUGUGCCGCGCAGCCUGCAGGGACUUCCUCUGCAUCUAGUUUUUAUUCCGUCAUGUUUCCAGCCCUGCGAGGACCUGAAUGACCCUGUUUGUUCCCAUGUGCCUGUAAAUCCAAACUUAACAUUUGAAUAAUAAACAAAAAAUUACUACAGGAA